AUGCCACGGAGCAGUUAUACCGCACGCGGAAGCGUGGGCCGGGUGGGGGGUGGAAGCAGAGGAUCUCGCUCGGCGGACGGAGCCGGCGGGCGGGAUCCAACACAUGGGACCGCUGGAGUCUUACUCCGGGGUCCUGGCGGUCGGCAACGGAAAGCGGUCGGAGGACCGCUUUCCGGCAGCCGCAAAACGGACGAAAAGUGA